AUGGUAUACCUUGUGGCUGUACCAGAGACAAUCACGGCAAGUGGCUGUGCUUGUGUCUUUAUUGACACCAUCUUCCGACUUCAUGGGUUGCCCCGUGAACUCGUAUCAGACAGUGAUCCACGAUUCACUGCUGAUUUCUGGCGUUCCGUGUUCAAAUCACUCGGAACGCGCUUGAAGAUGUCGACAUCUGAUCAUCCAGAGUCAGAUGGUCAGACGGAAUGUGCCAAUCGUGUCCUUGAAGAGAUACUUCGAGGAUACGUACACUCCUUUAAGAGUUGGAGUGAGUUUUUGCCAAUGGUAGAGUUUGCCAUCAACAACUCGGUGCAUGCGUCCACGACACAUACACCGUUUUACGUGAAUGGCUUGCGCCAUCCGCGUGUACCCACAUUACUAGAGUGUAACUCUGGUUUAAGGGGGGGAGGGACUCGCGCGAGCAAAAACCGAUUUGGUUCACGCUCAUCACGCUCUGACGAAGAGGUCAUUGCGUUUGAUGCCGAUAUCGAUAACAUCGAUAUCGAAGAAGAUGAUGCCAGUGAGAGUGCGGAAGCCCUCACUGAAGACAAUGAUCCCAGUGAGAGUGCGGAAGCCCUCACUGAAGACAAUGAUCCCAGUGAGAGUGCGGAAGCCCUCACUGAAGAAAAAGUUGUUGUUGCUGCAGUGCGCUCACAGCACACUGAAGCUAACGAGUCAUCAGAUGAGUUCAUACUGGCUCGUGAAACAGUAGUCCGUUUUGUGCAAGACUCCAUCGCCGAAGCGGUGACUUAG